AUGGACGGCCAUGCGCAACCUCCUGGCAGCUUCGAGUCUCACCCGCCUCCUCCACCUCCCAAGGAGUAUUCGGCGGUUCAACGUCUUCCCUCUCUAGCUGCAGCCUUGAAACCUCUCUCUCCUGCCUCUCCCGUCCGCCGAAAACCCCUCCCUUUGAACGCUGCUCCGAUCGUUCAGUCUCCCGAAACACAUACGCCGCCGCGGCCGUUUCAGGCCGUAGACUCUUCGCCAAAGCAAGACUCGAGUCCGGAAACACUUACUCCAACCGGUUCGACCGUAAAGUCGAGACAGGAGACUGCGCCCUCCCUGCUUUUGGAGGACACAGGCGCCAGUACUCGGACAAGGACGACGACGAACGGUGCCUUACCUCCAUCCCUUGAAGACGGCCGCCAGGAUAGGAGAAGAUCAAAUGCUUCGUCGGUGGAAGUCGUAAUCAUAGAGGAGGACAUGGGCUUGAAGCCGGGCCCGAGGCCGCCGCCUGUGCGGACGGGCUCGAGCUCCUCGACCAAGUCAUCGACUGUCGUCGACACCAAGAAACCUCAAACACCUGGAAGCAAGUUCACUUCCUUUUUCACACGCAAAGCUACCGCCUCCCCGAGCGCAGAAUCGUCGGUGACGGAUAUCUCUGAUCGCAAAUCCCCUCUGCCCUCACCAUAUGCAGUAUCACCACAAGCUUCGACGCACUCCUCCUCAGGCUUCCCAUUCGGCGCGUCCCUCUCUCGAGGGCCAGCAUCCCAGCCUUCUCAAGACUCAAUCGACUUCGAUGGAGGCUCCUUACUUCGGACCGCGUCCAUCAGCGACGCGAAUAGCAAGUGCCUCCAACUCGAAGCAGAACUGCGGGAGAUCAGCACCGAACUUGCAAACUCCAUCAGACGCGAGAUGGAUCUGGAGGAUUUGAUAGAAAGCUUACAAGCCGAAGGCCCUGGUCUGAACAGAGAGGCGGAUCGAACCAGUGACUACUUCUCAGACUCCGGCACAAGUUCUAUCCGCCCGUCCACCAGUGAAGGCAAUACCAAAGAGGACAUUCAACGGAUCAAGCGGGAGUCAGAACAACUCAGAGCACAGCUGAAGGUGGAGAUGUCGCAGAAAUGGCAGAACGAAAGGUCAAGCCGGCAGGCCUUGGAAUCCCAUAUUCACAUUCUGGAACAAAAGCUCUCACAGUCUCGUCGAGAACACAACAUGUCCGCUGAUGUCACGGCAAAGGCCAAAGAGCUCGAGGUGGCGCUGGACGAUGCAAAGAGGCGGCUGAUGGAGGAAAGGCAGACGAAGGAGAACUUUGAGGACUUGCUGACAGCUCUUCGUGUCGAACUGGAGCAGCAUCGCAAUGAACGCGACAAUCUGCGUGACGAGGUUGUACCGCAACUCCGAGCACAACUGGCGGGACUCGAGUCCAGCGUAUCCGAGUCUCAAAAGUCACCAUACGAACUGACACGUAUGCAACAAGAAAUCCAAAGUCUGAAGGAUGAAAACGCCGCCCUCCAAAGCGCCCGGACCAUGAAUAUGCAAUUUCAAUCAAUUGCUGAAGAAGGAGACUUGGCCGAGUCACCAACCAGCCCGUUCCCAAGCCGGGGUGCUGGUCUGCAGAGAUCAAACACCAUACACAUAAACAGGUCGUCUUCGAAAGCUCCGACGAACCGAUCGAAUUCAUUGUCAAGGUCCAAUUCAAUAGUGAACCGCGCGGUUCCGGAAAACCAGCAGUCGCUUGCCGAUCAAUUAAAAGAGGUGACCGAGCAGAGGAAUGCCUUGCACUCGACUGUCAAGUAUCUAUUGAGAAGACAGGAGGCCCAACACCGCCAAUACGAGAAGCGACUGAAGCUCGCCGAAGCCGAACGCGACAGGGCAAAUACUCUGCAAGGUCCUCAGAAGGGAGGCUAUGAGCGAGAAGUCCGAAAGCUACGUGCAGAAAUUAAUGUUCUACGGAAGAGGACGGACGAUGCCUUAGAGCAGAAGUGGCAAUGUGAGAAAGGUUUAUCAGGGCUGAAAAUGGAUCUCGAUCGAAGUAAGCAGGAAACAGCUAGCUUGCAAGCUCUUCUACAGCCCCGUGAUGAGACGGCGCCAGAAGUUCUGUCGUCCACACUGGAAAAGGCAUUGCAACAACUGAAGCAACAGCGGGAUCAUGCCCAACAACAGGAAUCAGCAGGAUUAUUAAGCGACCCAGGGCUUGCCACCGAGUUGGAACUAUCGGCACAAAGGUUCGAGACAUUGGCCGCACAAGUCAGAAAACAAAUGCAAGCGAACGGCGACUUGAGGGGUCGGCUCAAGGAUGCAGUCGAGAAGGGCCAAAAGAACCAGCAAGCCUCGGCGGGACAAAUCAAUGAGCUUCAAACGAAACUUCGCAAACUGGAGGACGUUAUCACCGUCGCACAAAUGCAGUCCGAAACGGCAGUGAUGAAGCACGAAGAGGAGGUUCGAGUUCUGAGAGCUAGCCACAACGUUCAACUUAUGCGCACGAGGUCAGGCGGGAAGACGCCCGGCCUAUUAACGCCUAUACCACGAUCUCCACUAUCACCAAUGUUUGUGAACUCCAAGAAAAGCCCCAGACUCGACCAGACCAGCUCUGGGCCAGGCAUAGCUCUUCAACAUGCCCUCAAAACGGAGUAUCUCGAGAACAAGGUGGCAGAUCUGGAAAAGGCCUUGGCUGAGGCGGAGAAAGAGAUGGGAGAAGUGGUUGGAAGGAUGAAUUCGGCCCAAAUGGGAGUGGCUGAUUUGGAAUCGGAAAGAGACGAAGCUCUCCGCCAGACCCGAAGACUUGAAGCCGCCAUCGCUGCCGAGCGGAAGAAGGUGCAGGCCCUUCUUGAUCGAGAUUAUACUUCGGAUUACCCUUCAGACUACUAA